AUGACUUGUGGAUCUUACUGUGGUGGCCGCGCCUUCAGCUGCGCCUCAGCUUCCUGCGGGCCCAGGCCAGGCCGCUGCUGCAUCACCGCCGCCCCCUACCGAGGCAUCUCCUGCUACCGCGGCCUCACAGGAGGCUUUGGCAGCCGCAGCGUCUGCGGGGCCUUCCGCAGCGGCUCCUGUGGACGCAGCUUCGGCUACCGCUCAGGCGGCAUCUGCGGCCCCAGCCCGCCCUGCAUCACCAGCGUGUCGGUCAACGAGAGCCUCCUCACCCCCCUCAACCUGGACAUCGACCCCAACGCGCAGUGCGUGAAGCACGAGGAGAAGGAGCAGAUCAAGUGCCUCAACAGCAAGUUCGCUGCCUUCAUCGACAAGGUGCGCUUCCUGGAGCAGCAGAACAAGCUGCUGGAGACCAAGCUGCAGUUCUACCAGAACCGCGAGUGCUGCCAGAGCAACCUGGAGCCUCUGUUCGAGGGCUACAUCCAGACGCUGAGGCGGGAGGCCGAGUGUGUGGAGGCUGACAGUGGGAGGUUGGCUGCAGAGCUCAACCAUGCGCAGGAGGUGCUGGAGGGCUUCAAGAAGAAGUAUGAGGAAGAAGUUUCUCUGAGAGCCACAGCUGAGAAUGAGUUUGUGGCUCUGAAGAAGGACGUGGACUAUGCCUACCUGCGCAGGUCAGACCUGGAGGCCAACGCAGAGGCCCUGACGCAGGAGAUCGACUUCCUGAGGAGACUGUAUGAGGAGGAGAUCCGCGUCCUCCAGUCCCACAUCUCAGACACCUCUGUCAUCGUCAAGAUGGACAACAGCCGGGAACUGAACAUGGACUGCGUUGUGGCUGAGAUCAAGGCUCAGUAUGAUGACAUUGCCACCCGCAGCCGGGCAGAGGCUGAGUCUUGGUACCGCACCAGGUGUGAGGAGAUCAAGGCCACAGUGAUCCGGCACGGGGAGACCCUGCGCCGCACCAGGGAGGAGAUCAACGAGCUGAACCGCAUCAUCCAGAGGCUGACAGCCGAGAUUGAGAACGCCAAGUGCCAGAACACCAAGCUGGAGACCGCGGUGACCCAGUCAGAGCAGCAGGGAGAGGCGGCCCUCAACGAUGCCCGCUGCAAGCUGGCAGGGCUGGAGGAGGCCCUGCAGAAGGCCAAGCAGGACAUGGCCUGCCUGCUCAAGGAGUACCAGGAGGUCAUGAACUCCAAGCUGGGCCUGGACAUCGAGAUCGCCACCUACAGGCGCCUGCUGGAGGGCGAGGAGCAGAGGCUGUGUGAAGGCGUUGGCUCCGUCAGUGUGUGCGUCAGCAGCUCCCGAGGUGGCAUCGCCUGUGGCGAUCUCUGUGCUUCCAGUACUUCUCCCGCUGUCAACACCAGAGUCUGCAGCGCACCCAGCGGAAACGUGGUGGUAGGCGCGCCCAACGCCUGUGCCCCCUGUGCCGGUGUCAGCGCCUGCAGCAGUGGCUGUAAGAAGUGCUAGGAGGCUGCAGCUGCUGAAAGCAAUGGUCCCCCACUACCACCUUCCAUGCAGCCAGGACCUGAGCCACCCAAACACACCUCUGCCACCUGUCUCCCGCAACCCGCUCCCCGAUGCGCAUACCUGCAAGCCCUUCUUGCCCGCUUGUCUCUGGGUGCCAAGCAUAGGCAGGGGCCUACCUGGGUCUCUUUCUGUGACCUUUUCUAGUAGUCAGUUUGUUCUUCUGAGGAGUCAUCCUUUUCUCCUGCCGCCUGUUGUUUUGCUGGAUUCAUUGGUCCUGCCUGACCCUUUCCCCUGAACUUGAAGGCACAGGGCAGGCCCCAACAUCUGCCAGUCAGCACUUCGGGAGGUCUGCCCAUGUGCUUCUGCCUGGGAACAGAGAAGGGGAGCCGUCACUGUUGCUGGUUUCCUCUAACUGUGGGAGGGAUCUCUCCCAGGGAGGGAGAGCACCUUCGUUCCAGGGCUGCCUGCAGAAGCUUCUAAAAAGCCAAUGA